UCUUCGCUUUGUCUCUAUUGCCGCCACGUUAAUCCUCUUUCUUGUCACUUCCCCUAGCUUGCCCUAUCAUCAUAUCUUCCUUCCUUUUGCUUUUCCUUUUUCUGUAUAUUGAUAGACAUCAGAUCAUAUGGGUGUAAAGGGCCUGACUGCACUAUUGGAACGUUUAGCGCCUCAUUCUGUCGGCAGAUAUCACAUCUCCCGCUACAAAGGCAAAACACUUGCUGUCGACGUCAGCUGUUACCUCAACCGCUUUAUCUAUGGAUUAGAUCCACACCCAGCACGCGUGCAACGCGGCGUGUACAAGCUCUGUGUAUACCUUCAGAUACAUGGUAUUAAGCCUAUAUUCGUCUUUGAUGGUCCAGAUCGCAUUGUAGAGAAACAACGUGAGAUUCAACGUCGAGCCCAGAUGAAACAAAAAGUAGAACGUUCCUUCAAGCUCGAAAAGGUCCGAAAAUCGCGGUUGAAGGGCCUCAAGGGCCCCGCAAAACUUCUACAAGCAAUCACUCCGGAGCGAGCGUCAUCGAUCCUUCAAGGGUUAAAGCCACAAAAGACUCCUCUCCACGAAAAUCAAUAUAACCAGAAGGAAGUUAUGAGGCAACUACCGUUAGAAGAAGUCAUAUUAUCACUACCGAUACCACCCUUGGCCAUGGCAAAAAAUUCCAACGAAGCUUUGAGGGAAUACGGCCUACUGCCUGCUCAAUCUCAAUCCACAUUGUCCAACCCAAGCUCUCUCCCUGAUAUUUUCAAUGUUCAUAGCGAAAAUCUUGAGAAUGAUCCCUCAUGGCAUAUACCUGAGUUCACAGAAGAAGACCUACGUAAACUUGAUUCGCAUCUGGCUCAUUUUGAAGGGUUACUUGCCCAUGACGCAAUAAUUUUGGGCGACAGUAUUACAGAACACGAAAAUGAUCAGACUGAUUCCUUCGCGUCUGAUUUGGAUACGUUAGGGCAGUUAGAGCUAAAUUUUGAGACAACACGAGGCUUGGAUGUGAUGCAUGAUCUAGCGGACACCAGCAACGAAGACAACAACACCGCUCAGGACACACGGGAUGCUGGUGGCCCACAGCCUUUAGUGCCAACCCAAGCACCAAUAGAAGAAUUACCUCCGAUAAGUCAGCUCAGCGUGAAAGAGAUUUUUGAUUUCGCCGACCUCUUUGGCCCUCUCUCAGAGGCUGAAAUUCACAAGAAAAUCCAUGAAGGUCUACUAAAGUAUGUAGAAAAUAUGGAGAGUAGUCUUAACAUAUCAAGCACAGAGGAGUUAGUUCAGUACUCGACAAAAAGACAGAAAGCUUUAGAUGAAUUGGAACAUAAGCUGGUGAAAGAUAUCAAGGAAGCGCUUCUAUUCCAAGAUAAAAGAAAGACAGAUCCACCUAUUUCACAAAUCCCAUUGAUCAUGGAUAAAUCAGUGAAAAAUGAAGACGGAUCCACAAGUCUUCUACCGGAUUCAAAAUCGAGACUUAUAUCAUCGGGGACACUGCAGGAAGAAAGCAGUAGAUCGGAUAGGGCAAAUCUCUUUGAAGGGGAUAUUGAGCGGCUUGAUGGGAAGGAAUCUUUGACUAGUGACCUAGAGCCUAUUAUAGGGGAGCCACUCAUGGAAAACUUGACUGCCGAUGAGCAAGCAGUAUGGCCGAGUGAACCAACAGGGAUGCUAUGCGAGACUGAUGACUUAGAGGACACUACGAAAGUGGACGAGACAUUGAGUGAGACUCGACAAGAUCUACCGUCUACGAUUAAAGAGGUCCUCUCAUCCCAUCAAACACUGUUCAUGACACUUGAGCGCCGCACUUUGCGCGUUACAUGGCCAUUGGUAGCGUCCUGCCAGUUGUUACUACAAGCAAUGGGCCAACCAGUAAUCCAGGCUGAGGGAGCAGAGGCCGAAGCUAUCUGCGCACAGUUGACCACUCAAGGCUGGGCAGAUGCUUCAGUCAGUGAGGAUACUGACACAGCGGUCUUUGGCAAUGGAAUCUUGUUACGACAGGUCGCUCCUGGUAGUGCUAAAGAUAUCAUUGAAAUCAAUCCACGUGUUGCGCAUGAGAGCCUUGGGAUUAAUCGUGAUGCAUUCCGGGACUUGUGCAUUCUAUGCGGCACCGAUUUCUCAGGUACAAUAGAGGGGAUCGGACCGAAUAGGGCUGUGAAAUUGAUCCAAUACUACGGCAGUAUUGAGUCUAUUAUGGCUAAUGCCGAAUACAAACCUCGACCAGAUUUUUUUUAUGACCGCGCGCGCCGUGUCUUUGAUAGAGUUCCUGUCAUCCCACAAGGCCCUGAGUCUUAUCAAGCAAAGUCAGAGCAACUGUCAUUAUUGCAAGAGCUGCUGUCAAAAUAUGAAAUUGAUCCCGAUGAGGUUAAAAGAGACUUGCUCAAUGAGAGCUCGACCGAGAUGCUUGAAAAUGGCACUAGCAGCAAUGACAGCGGAUUGAGGCGGCCGCCCAUGUCUUGUGUCUUGGGCGCAGAUCCUUUUAAGGAAUCAGAAUCAGUAUUCUAGACUCAGUAAAACACCCUAAGCACAUCAGUACCAAUAAAAUAUAGCU